UCUCCCACAGGUACCCUCCAUUAGAAAUCGCUGACAGAACACACUGUUUAAAAUUUGAUAAUCUGUCCGCAAUUUUUCUCCUAGGGUUUGUGCUUCUAGAUCCAAACCAAAUCCCCAAAAAUGAGCACCGCUGGUUCGACCAAGGGCGGCAGAGGCAAGCCUAAGGCCUCCAAAUCGGUUUCCAGGUCUCAGAAGGCCGGUCUCCAGUUCCCCGUCGGCCGUAUCGCCCGUUUCCUCAAGGCCGGCAAGUACGCCGAGCGCGUCGGUGCCGGCGCGCCUGUCUAUCUCUCGGCCGUUUUGGAGUAUCUCGCCGCCGAGGUUUUGGAGCUUGCUGGGAACGCUGCGAGAGACAACAAGAAAAACCGUAUUGUUCCAAGGCAUAUACAGCUUGCGGUGCGUAAUGACGAGGAAUUGAGCAAGCUUUUGGGAUCUGUUACUAUUGCCAAUGGAGGCGUUUUGCCGAACAUUCACCAGAACCUCUUGCCUAAGAAGAUCGGAAAGGGGAAAGGCGAUAUUGGUUCUGCUUCACAAGAAUUUUAGGCGGCUUCCUUUCUUUUAUGUUGUAGUUUAGAGAGUGAUAACAGAUUAAGGGUCUUUUAUCUAUUGUAUGGCUUGUGACCCCUUUAAUACCGUGUAAACUCAAAUUCUGGGAUAAAUUUAUUUUAUGGUUUGAAUACAGAUGCAUACUAAUUUUUCUCGGUUA